AUGGCAACGUCAGACGAGAAGUCGCUGCUAGACCGCGUCUUCGCCGCCAAAACCACCGAAGAAUCACGCAAAUUAUACGACGAAUGGGCAAAGACAUAUGACUCCGACAUGACUCUGCACGACUUCACCGCGCCACGCCUCGUCGCACAAGCAGUAGCCCGCGGCCUGAAGCUAAACCACAUCUCACCCGACAAGCCUCUCGCUGGCCUGAAGAUUGCGGAUGCAGGAUGCGGUACCGGCCUUGUCGGAAUUGAGCUGUCCCAACUUGGCGCUACGGAUAUCUUAGGUCUCGACAUCAGCGAAGGCAUGCUAGCGGUUGCUAAGAACACCGCCGUGUACGAUGACCUUACGACUGCGGAUUUGACGAAGAAAUUGGAGUUUGAGGACGGAAAGUUCGAUGCGCUGACGUGCUGCGGUACGUUCACACAUGGUCAUCUCGGACCAGAGCCGCUGGAGGAGUUCGUAAGGGUUGUCAAGGAUGGUGGGGUUGUAGUCGCAACCGUGCUAGAUAGCUUCUGGGUAGAGAAGGGGUUUGAGAAGGAAGUGCAGAGACUGGAAAAGGAGGAGAAGGUUGAGGUUGUGGAGACGGACUUGCAUCAGUACCGGAAAGAUGCUGGAGGUGGGCGCGUGAUUAUCUUACGGAAGCUGUGA